UGCAGGUCCGCGCCCACCGGGACGACUGGGAGGCCGAGAGGAGCGAGAAGCGGGCGGCGCAGACGUCGCUGGCGGAGGCGGAGGCGAGGACGGCCCUGCUGCUCCAGGAGCUGCAACUGUUGCAAGCUAAGCUGGCCGACACGGAGAGCAAGCGGGGCCUCUGCUGGCGCUGCCUCCUCCCGCGGACGGACUUCUCGAACCGCUCCAGCCGCUGCAGCAGCACCUCCACCUCCGCCCAGGCAUCUCCUGUCCCGGCGCCCAACCCUCCUGGAGCACCGUCAGCGCCCCCGGUCUCUGCGGCGCCCAUCGAGCCUCCUCCUGCGCCGUUGAAGGGCUGGAUCCCUGUGUCUAUGCUGCACCAGAUCGCCUUCAGCGGCGCGACGCCCGAGCACCAGACGCCCGUGGUUCACGCCCAGCCCCGGGCUCAGCCUUCCUCGCGCCCACAGACCCAGGGGCACCCCGCCUCCUCCUCCAAGUCGACCCCCGGGGGCCAGGCAACGCUCGGAAAGGCCGCAGACAAAACUCCGGCGGUGCAGAAGCAGGAGCCGCCCGCGCCCCAACCCGGGUCCUUGAAGCUAGAGGAGAGCAGGGGCGCCUCGACGGCGGGGAACGCCCCCUCCGCCGAAUCCAAGACGGGCGGCGUCGGCGUCGUCGCUGACGAGAAGAAGAAGUACGAGGCGAUGGGCGCGAGGCCGAAGGUGCUGGGCAACCUGCAGCCGCUGGCGGGCAAGGGCGUCGGGCUGAUCGAGGACGAGAAGUCGGCGAAGCACCGCGCGCGCUCCAUCCUGGCGAGCGCCAUCCCGGUGUCCCCGGUGUCCAGCGGCCCCCCGACGCCCUGCGGCCCCAGCCUCACCCGCAGCCCGUCCACGCCCAACAUGCCCAAGGGCUACAUGCCCAUCACCUCUACCAUCCUCACGCCCAUCAACUUCCGCCAGCCCUUCGUCGCCCACAAGCGCCCGUCGACCAUGAAGCAGAUCACGCAGGCGGUGCAGGCAGCGUCGCAGGCCUCCUCCUCCGCCCGCGCCCGCAGCGAAACCUCCCCCUCUGGCACGGGCGUCCGCCCCGACUCCUCGAGCGCCCAGUCGCCCCCCGUCAGCGGCCUUUCGUCAGCGCUCGCCCAGCCUCACGGCGAGGCGCUCCUGCCGGCGCACGCCCGGAGCGACUCCUCGCCGGCCGCCAUCGGCCUCUCCUUCCCGGCCGGCGGAGGCGGCGCGUCGCAGGCUCCCGGAGCGAAGCUCGACGGCGAAGCCCCCAGCGUGAGCGGCAAAGGCGAGGGAGGCGUUUCGCCCCCGGCGAGCACGAAUGCUCAGAGCGGUGUGGAGGAGGUGCCUUCCGGAAGCAGCAAAGUUGAGAACAGCGGCGGGAAGGAAGCCGCGGCGCCGGCUAAAGGAGGCGUGAACACCGCCGCUGCGGCCGAUAACGCUCCGAAGAAAACACAGUCCGCCGCAUCUUCUGCGGCCACUGAGUCGUCUAAUUCAGCUGCCAAUAAUCAUGCUUCCAAACCAUCCAACUCAUCGUCUCCUCCAAAAACGGUAGUUACGUCUGACAACACCAAAGUCACCACCACUGGCAACACCACAAGCGCCCCUUCAAGCGCUGCGAAGACUGCUUCCUCCAGCGCAACAGCUGCCUCCUCCACCAAUACAAAAUCUGUAGCCUCCAGCACGAAAGCUGCAGCAUCAAACAAUACCAAAGUAACUACCAGUAGUAACAGCACAGUCACCACAUCAAGUAACACGACGGGAGUGGCUUCUAAAAAUACAACAGUCGCUUCUUCUAACAGUACUACAACAUCAACAUCAGUCACCACAACCACCGCAAGAAACUCUACAGCCUCAACUUCUAGUAAAGUCACCACUGCUGCUCCCAGCAGAACUACAGCUGUUACAAACAGUCAAAAUACAUCAGCGACUACAAGCAGAAGUACUCCGGGGACGUCCACUGCAGUCGCAGCUGUCCCCAAUAAGACAACAACAGUAAACUCCAGUAAAGCCGGCGCCUCUACAAAGAAUACGGCCACGAAAACAGCAGCCAGUUCAAACCCGUCGUCGGCCGCUGACAACACAACUGUCAUUGCCAAAGCGUCAGCAGGUACUGUAAACAAAGCGGCGGCGACCUCCGCCGGGGCAGCGAACCCCCCUUCGGCAGGCCCCGCCGCCGCGCCCAACGCGAGUGCGGCGAACGGCCUGCCGAAGACCGGGGCCGCCUCUGCCAGCUCGACGGCCUUCGCCUCGAUCACCGUGACCACGACGGCGGCGGGGACGGCGGGGGCGCACCCGACCUCCAGCGCCUCCACCUACUCGUCGGCCACGUCGUCGCGCUCCUCCUCGCCCGGGGUGUCCCUGACCACGUUCGGGCUCAACUCCGAGGGGCGAGGCAUCCCCGGCGCGAUCUUCUUCGCGCUCCGGCCCGAGCAGAAUGGCAUCCGCAGCCCCCAGCCGUGCCCCUCCUCGCGCGGCACCUCCGCCUCCUCCGUCAAGAGCCCGACGCCAGACUCUGUAUCUGCUGGUCAGUCGUACAGACAAACGCUGCCGCCGUCGGGAGUCAAGAGCCCGCCCAUCCUGGAGCAUCCGGCCUCGAACGUCGUCAAGGAGGAGCACUGGUGGUCCGUCGAGAGCCCGGGGCGCAGCAGCACUCCCGGGCGGCAGCAGGGGGGUAAGCUGGUCAACUCGACAUGGGUCAGGCUGAUGGGCGGCCAGGCCAACAAUCGUCAGAGUUCGGGCCUCCCGUGGCGCACCGCUCGGGCCGUGUCGGGCCAGCAGCUGGACCAGGCGCGUCGCGCGUCGCACGAGGACAGCACGAGCGGCCCGACGUCGCCCAACAGCAUGUCCUCGACCGCCACCUUCAACUAUACCCCCGCCGUGAACUCGCCGCCGUCGUCCAACCUGUCGUCCGCCACCAACUCGGCCGCGACGUCGCCGCUGCCGGCGGUCAACCAGAGGCCCUGCGAGGACCUCCGCUCCAUGGCGUCCAAGAACAUCUCCUCCGCCAUCAUGAGCUACGAGCUGGGCAACAAGUGCGAGCCGCUCGGGUCGCCCGUGGGGUGGGCGCCCCGGGUGGCGGGCCAGGGGCCAGACGCGGCGAAGGCGGCGCCCGCCAACGACGGCGUAGCCACCAUGACGCGGCGGGACCUCGUGUGCCCCUCCUGCCAGAUGCUGUUCCCUCCGGAGAAGCACCUCCAGUUCCUGGACCACUUCGAGUCCUCCUCCUCCUCUCCUUCUUCUUCUUCAUCCUCAUCUUCCCCUUUAAUCUUCCUCUUUGCCUUUUCUCCUUUUUCUUCUUCCAGUAUUGCACCGUCCACACCCCGCCUGCAUCCUCACUAAAAAAAGUGGUUCUGAUAUUUUUUAAAGAUUAUUGUGUAUAUAUCCUGAUUCGUGUAAAUUAUUAUAUGAGAGAUUAAUUGCUUCUAUAUCACUGAUACUGUUGUGAAUUAGUUUUAUGUAUAACUGAAUUGUUUCUGUAUAAUUAAUUUCUUGCAAUGUCAUAAUGACACUGCAAUGUAUUUUGUACAUUUACUUGAUUCUUGUACAGAUGCAAUAUUAUGUAUAAGCUAAAUAAACUAAAUGGAAAAUUCUGUUAAUUUGAAUGCACAUAAUUGGCUUAUACAAUGACACUUCCAAUCCUUUUUAAAAGAUGAAAAAAAUAAUAGAUAUAUAAAAAACAGAAAAAGAUACACACUACAUAUGACAUGUUUCAAAAGUAAGAAAAAAAAAAGAAAAUAUAAGUGCUAGGAAUUAAUGGAACCUAUAUGUAAAUUAGCAUAGUCCGUGUUAGUUUAGACUCGUUUCAAUACUCUGUUUGGCACAUGAGCCUCACAGAAUCCGAUACUCUUUUGUUUCGUAUGCGUUCAAAUCUGACGAAGAAAAAAAAUACAUUUAAAAAAAAUAUAUUAAAAUUCUUGAAACAUCAAACUCAAAUGUGAAUAUCCGUUAUUAUUUUUUUUUCCUUUUUAAAUGUUUUGAUGUGAAAUUCUGAAGUUCAGCGUCACUUUUGUAUCAUUUAAUAUGUGUACAUCCUGUUGUUUAUAUUGCUUGCCCGAAGGUUUAUAUGCUUGUAUAUUAAAGUUACGCUUUGAUCUAA